GAUAUGGCUUGCCACCAAAGAUCAAUUAGCUUGCCUUCUAGGCCUCACUCAAAAGUUGAAGAAGGGCUGCACAGCCUAGAGGCAUGCAUCUCUUCACCUUCAAUGACCAUUGAGAUCCUCUCUGAUGGCUUAAGGAGGCUUGAGGAUAUCUAUGGCUCUGUUGAGGACAUCAUGUGCCUUCCUAGCAACCAAAUUUGCUCAUCCCAGCAAAGGAGGUUGUUGGAUGGAGAAAUGGAAUGCUCCCUUGAGCUACUGGAUCUUUGCAAUGCUAUGCAUGAGGUGUUCGCUGAGUUGAAGGCCAUCAUCCAAGAUAUGCAAGUAUCUCUUAGGAAAGGAGAUGAUGUAGUUGUUCAAGCUAAGAUCCAGUCAUACAUUCGCUUGGUCAAGAAGGCAAAAAACCAUUUCAAGAAGACUGUGAAGAAGGUUACCUCAGACAAGGAGGAUUGCAAGAUGGUCAAGCUGUUGAGCAAGGCUAGAGAGAUCACAACCUCUCUACUUGAGUCAUCAAUGCAGCUCUUGUCGAAGCAAAUUGCAACACCAAAAAUGUCCCUCAUCUCCAAGGCAUUCCAGAGGAAAAUUUCAGUUGUUUGCAGUGAGGAGCAGUUGCAGGUGUUAGAGUGCAGCAUCGGGGAUCUUGAGGCUGGAGCAGGACUUCUGUUCAGGAGAUUGGUCCAGAGCAGGGUUACUCUCCUUAACAUUCUUAGCUCAUAG